AUGAUCCCAAUCACUUAAAUGAACACCGUGAAAUUGAAAGUGCCAAUUAAUAUUUAGAAAUUUGUAUUGAACAGAUCCAUUACAGAGGUAUAAGAAAACUCAAACCUAACUUUUUUCAAAAUAAUCUAUAUAGGUUAAUAAAGUAAUCUAAUAUUCAGAAGCUUAUAAACUUUUAAAAAGAAUGAACUGUGUUUAGACAGAAUCAAGAAUUAUUAAAGAUUAUCAGUAAAUACUUCAAUUAUGUUUAGAAAAACUUGUGA